AUGUCAGAUGGAGAGUUGCAUUCAAUAAUUGUUCCAUUCGGCGUUACCUUCUACUCUAUAGUGUUCUUAUUGUCAGUUAUGGGAAACUCUUUUGUUCUCUCAGUUUGUUACCGAUCAAUUAAAAGAAACGUGUGUUCAUUAAAAUGGUUUAUCGCCAGUUUAGCUCUUGCUGACCUAACUUUUGUGUUCCUGUCCAUAUUGGACCUCAUAAGUUAUUUAUGGACAUGGAUUGGAGGUCAGAUCUCUUGCAAGCUGCAGAGUUUUUUCAUCGAGGCUAUCUAUACAGUAUCCAUUACAACUCUGUGUAUUAUAAGCUAUGAACGACUCAAGGCUGUGGUAGUGCCACUUCAUACAAUAGCGAUUAAUCCAUCGUGUAUUUAUGGAAAGCUUAUCGCUUCCUGGAUCAUAAGUAUGGUCGUAGCUUCACCCUUACUUUAUGCGUACCAAAUCCAACCUGAUAAGAACGGAAAGGUUUCCUGCACCAACAACAAAUUUGGAGAUUUGGGAAGACAAGUGUAUUAUGGCUUUCAUACGAUUUUCUUUUUCCUCGUUCCUCUAUCCUACAUGAUUUAUGUCCAAUGUAAAAUCUUCAUAUCGUUGCGCUUGAGCACCAAGGUGUUCCCAAUACGAAACACUUUGACAACAGCGCGCUCUAAACGGCAUCUCAAGGCUGCCAAGCGACUACUUGCUCUAACUACAGCAUUUGCAGCUUGCUGGUCGCCCUUUAUCUGCGUUCGAGGGCUUAUAUACAUUCACCUCGCAGAUGACGGUUAUAUCUGGAAAGCAUCUCAGCUUUUAAUUUUCUUGAACACGGUGUUAGAUCCAAUUCUUUAUGGUAUUUAUGGGGAGCGUGAGAACUUCAAAGCUAUUUUUAAACCUGUUAUCCCAUGUGUUAAGUGUCAAACCCGUGCUCCAGAAGAACUCUGCUAUUCCACUCACAGCCAAAUGAUAACUAACAACGAGAGACCAGAGGAACAGCAAAAAUUUCACCCCUGGCAAGGUAUGGUAAUAGAAGUACAUGAAUGGCAGCCAAUCCUACCCCGACCUGAACCAAUAAGUGACACAUGA